AGCUUGGUGAUGGUGACGUUGAAGUCGAGUGACCGUGGUGUAGUUCGUUUACAGCACACGGUUAGCUGUUUAUUUCUGGCGAUUGUAUUUAGGCUUCAAACUUCAUAAAAGUUGUGUUCAUUUGUGAAAAUUAUCUUGAUGGACAAAACGUGUUAGCAUUGUAAACUUGUGUUGAUCACAGAGCUUAUUUUUUGCAAUAAUCCAAAAGCCUAUGGGAAAAUCCUAUUGGGUUUUUGUCGAGGGAACCGGUGUGAUGCUAACUUUUGGGUUCCUGUACAAAAUGACGUCAUCCCUGUACCACUCUAUUGGGUGAUUUGGCUGCGUCUCUCCUCCUGUAAACACUUAUGCAUACACAUGAAUUGUUUAUUUGGUUGCAUAUUGUUAUAUUUGAUUGCAUAUUUUCAUUUGAUUGAUGGAAUGUUUAUUUUUAUUUAUCCUAUAUUUUGGGUACAAUUUUAUUUAUAUUUUGCUUCUACGAGAUGAUGCACUUUAAGGAUCAGUCUAAUUUGAUGCAAAGAUUUGUACAGUAGCAGGAACGUAGCACAACAUGGAGGUGAAAGCAGCGGUCUGUUUAUUUAAUUGUGAAAGUGCAAUAGAAAUGUUGUCCCUAAAAUCAAUGAAUAAUCGUGAUAAAUAAUCAUGAUCUCAAUAUUUAUCAAAAUAAUCAUGAUUAUAAUUUUGGCCAUAAUCGUGCAGCCCUAGCAUACAUUGUUGACAUCAUCUAUUCCCAAACCAAGCAACAACACAUCCAACACACAAAAACGGUCCUAACUUGGAUACAACGGGAAAACAAACAGAUCCUCCUCCGCCUCAAUGGCCACCAACCAAGCAGUAUGUCCCAGGCAGUGUCUGACAACAGGUCAUCCAAUGGUCCACACCUCUCUCAGCGCUGGACAUCAAGUUAUUCAGUGAACUAUAACCCUAAUACGCAUUAUGGUUUUGACCACCAACUCAUUUUGGUGGUCAAACAUAAACAAAGACAUUACCACAUGUCAAUUCUUGUCCUGUAUGUGCCCAGUCGAAAACACCCGGAGAACUGCCUGCCAGGCUUCUAGAGCCCCUACCCAUUCCUCAGAGACCCUGGUCUCAUCGAUCAGUAGACUUCAUCACGAAUCUACCUACUCCAACAACUUCACCAUGAUUCUGGUAAUCACUGAUCAUUUCUCUAAAGCUUGUCGCCUUAUUCCCCUGAAAGGUCUUCCUACAACCAUGGAAAUGGGCAUCACGCUUUUCCAUCAAGUGUUCCGAGUGUAAGGCCCUUGUCAUGGACCGGGGCCCACAUGGCAGGCCUUCUGUAAGCAAUUGGACAUUAGUGUAAGCUAGGCCUGGAUAAUAAUUCAAUAUCAAUAUAUAUCGCGACAUAAAUUUUUUCAAUAACGGUGAUAUGAUUUUUAAACACAUUUCCUAUAUUUCGAUAUACAUUAAAACAUUUGUCACUGACUGACGUUCAGGGCGCAGGAGUCAGUUCGUUGUAUUCAAGCCGAGGAGAAUGAGCAGAACACAAUUAGCUACGUGCGUGAUGACGUACACCACAGGCACGCAGCCAGUGCUCGGCAGUGUUAGGGUAAGCUCCAACACGGCAAGUUUUAGCUAUAAAAUGAGUACCCCUGACCACAAUACAAAUGCGACUGAGCGAGCUUCCACAAGUGAAGAGAAAGCAGACGAAAUAGUCGAUAAGAGAGGAAAGACUAAUUCGGUGGUAUGGAAGUGGUUUGCCUAUCUAAGCUCUGAUAAACUUCAGGUUUCAGAGCGCUGCAAAAUGUUCCGGAGAGUGGUGCCGACUAGCAGCGGGAACACAUCAAAUCUGUUCCACCAUCUGAAGCAGUUCCACCCGAUAGAAUAUUCUGAGAGUCAGAAGAUGAGGCAUUAUAAAGGUUUAAGCCAACCUGUCUCUGAAAUAUCACCGGGACCCACAUCUCCAUCACCAGCUGUGUCAAAAGAGAAACCGAUGCAGCAAACGCGGAUCGCUGCAUUCAUGCCUCAGGACAAACAGUCUAAACGAUAUAAAGACAUUACUAAGGCUGUCACAAACUUUUUGACUAAGGACAUGAUGCCGUUUAGUACUGUAGAAAAUGUGGGCUUCAGGAAAACGAUGUCAGUCAUCGACCCCAGAUACGACCUCCCUGGCCUGAAAUAUUUUUCCCGCACAGCUAUACCUACACUUUAUGGUGAAGUUAGGGAAAGGGUGCAGGAGCAACUGAAGUCAAGGUCAUAUUUUGCGACCACAGCUGACCUGUGGUCAAGCCGAACCUCGGAACCAUACUUGAGCCUGACGGUCCACUUUAUUGACCAAGAUUGGAAGCUUGUCAGCUUAUGCCUCCAGACGGUUUACUUUCCCGAGGAUCACACGGGCGAAGCAAUUGCAGCCGGACUUACAGACGCGCUAGCCUCCUGGGGACUCAGCGAGGAGCGCCAGGUCUGCAUCACCACAGAUAGCAGGACCAAUAUCAUUAAAGCCGCUGAGUUGAACAGAUGGAGAAGGCUACAAUGCUUCGGGCACCGACUGAACUCCGCUAUUGAGAAAGUUCACCAAGACAAGCGAGUGGACAGAGCAGUUGGGGUCUGUAAAAAAGGUGGUGGCUGCCUUCUCAUACUCCUGGAAGAAGAAACGGGACCUUGCAGCUGCUCAGGAGGAGUAUCACUUGCCACAGCACAAGCUCAUCAGUGAAACCCCAACAAGAUGGGGCUCCCGUCAACAAAUGGUGAGGCGGGUUCUGGAGCAGAAAAGGGCCAUCACAGAGGUCCUCUCAAAAGACAAGAAGACCAGGUCGCUGGUUCCUACUUGGCAAGAUGUGGACGUUUUAGUGUCUAUAGAUGCAGCUCUAAGCCCGCUCCUUGAAUUCACCGAUGCUUUGUCCGGUGAGUCCUAUGUCAGUGUGUCAUUCCUAAAACCAGUGAUGCACCUCUUCAACACCUCCAUCUUGAAGGAAGCAGAGGAUGACACAGACCUCUCCAAGACCAUAAAGACAACAGUGAUGGGAUACCUGAAUGAAAAGUAUGAUGACCCAGCCACGGAUGAUCCACUUGACCUGGCAUGCCUCGCUGACCCAAGAUUCAAGCUUCAGUACACUCAGGAGGAGAAGAGAGAAUACAUCAAAGAGAAAGCUGUGUUGGAGAUGCUGAAGGGAGAGAGAGCUGUUGUGGUAAAGGAAGAGGAUUCCAGAGAAGAAGCCAUGGGAGAUGCUUCUGCAGCAGUGACACCAGCCAAGAAAACAAAGCGGUCUCUGGCUAGCUUUCUUGCAAACAGGUCCACCAGUACCAAUACAGAAGGCUUGAGUGUACAGCAGGCAGUUGAGAGGGAGCUCAGCAACUACCUUCCGUCUCCAGAUGCUGAAAUUGACUCAAAUGCUCUGGAUUGGUGGAAAGUCUCUCAUAAGAACUUCCCCAGAGUAAGCCAACUGGCAAAACAUUAUUUGUAUAUUCAAGCCACAAGCUCCCCCUCUGAGAGGGUUUUUAGUACAGGUGGCAAUAUUGUCACAUGUAAAAGGGCAUCUUUGAAGCCAGAUAACGUAGACCAGCUUGUAUUUCUUGCCAGAAACCUCUAGAGCCUGUCAUGGGGUGUCAUCAACCCCCAACAAUGUCCCUGCCCCAGCAACAUGUGUAGUUGUUAUUGCUCACACUUUUUCUGUUUUCUUCAGCAACUCUGAGCAUUUUUCAUAUUUUUUUUAUCCUGGCUGAAGCACUUUAAUUUCAGUCUAUAAGAAUAAAAUAAUCAGCUUAUGUUGUAGUUUAAAGUGAAAGAUAUUAAUAUUGACAAAGGUGAGAGUUUUAUGUUUAUU